GAGUAGCUUUCGCUGUAAACAGCUAACGCUAAACUUUUAACAUUUCCACAUAACAUUGGCCCCCUGAACGUUUUGGAUUUCAAUAUAUAUUAUUAUUUUUGUUUAGUUUGGUAUUUAUAUUUUAAAUCUUCUUUCAAAACCGUGUGUGUGUAUAUAUGUAUGUAUAUGUUAGCUGACCGGCUAACAUAUUAGCGUUGUUAGUUACAAAUGGCGGGGAUUGAGCUCGCGCGUGAGGAGCGUGAAGAGAUGUCAUUUACGGAGGGUUAUAACACCGAGGGAAUACAAAAAGAAACCGGCUACAGUACGGCGCCAUCUGUCGGUGAAGAAGCUUACUGCACGGAGGAGCAGCUCGAGUUUUGUCCAUCAGUCUCUGAUAUGAAGUUAAUGGACAAUAAAUUACAGCUCAUAGAAGAACAAUUACAGUAUCUUCUACGCAAAGCCGACGAGCUUCAGCAUCGCCUCAUUUUCAGCAAAGAUAAUGUCCAGAAGGAGGAUUUCACAUGUGUGGUGCCAACAUUCCUGAAGACGUGUCAGCCAUAUUUCAACUACCUGGAGUCUACCGCUCGCAGCACUUCUCCUGGCCAAUCUCCACUGCCCCUGUACAUAUACACCCAGCUGUUGCAGUUCUCUCAGCAACUGUGCAGUCAGCUGGAGCAGCUGGUUCUCAUAUACGCCUCAUACGGGUACAUCUCUCUGGCCGAGACUGACCCUAAGUGUGUCUCUCAUUUCUACAUUGGCCAGUGUCAGGUGUAUAACAUCAAGCUGUCAAUCUUCCGUUACUGUCAACACACACCCUUCCUGGCUUCAGCCAGUAACGGACUGUACAAACGCAUGCGCUGGAACGUGGAGCAUAAGAAAGGGACAGAGGCAGGAGGAGAAGAAGAACAGAAUGACAACAGGACAGAGGUGACACAAGGGAUGGAAGAAGAACAGGAGGCAAAGAGAGAGAGGACGAUGGAAGGCGACAGUACAGAGUAUUACUUCCUCUGCUAUGAGGACAUCCACUUAACAGAGGUGGAGGCCAUGAGAGAACAGACAGACAGAAGGACAGGGGAGGAAGCAGUACUGAGGAUGUGGUCUGUAGGGAAGUGGGUACAGAUAUAUCCAGACCCAGACACCGAAGACAUCAAUGACUGGGUGCUGUGCACGAUUCCUCAGGGUCAGUAUAAGCCGCUGGUGUAUCUGGGUGAGGAGGAGCCACCAUCCUGCGUUGCCACAGACUGUCUGCUGGGGGCGCUGCUGUCUGAGGCUGAUGAGAGCAUCACACACCCCAUCACUUAAGACUAAUACAAGAGCAUGUCGGCCAACCGGAACGAGUACAGCAAGAAUCCAUUUUCUUUUUGCUCUAGGUUCAUUUGUUUAUUUCAUUUGUUUAUGUCUGUCAGUUCAAGGCAGUGUUUUAUAAACGUUACACUUUCAACAGCUAAAAAGAUGACAGAUACCAAAUGUUACCAUCUACAAGUCCAGUUUUAUUUUUUUCCUUCAGCAUCAGAACAGACAAAUAGUAACUUGCAGUUUGUAAAAUAAAAUUCAGCUGCCAUGGUUCGAUAACAUCUACAAACUAAAUACAAAAAUACAUUCCUUCAUUUUAAAAUAAAUUACAAAAAUA